GGAGAUACAUCCAAAAAGCUGCUCGUCAUGAUGGCUCGUGGGCCCAGUUCGUGGCCGAAGGCCGUGGUGUUUGUAGCCAUCCUGUGCUUUUCAUGUGGAACAAUGACGAGCCUGGGUACAAAUGCGGCGGGAAUCUUGCAAGAAAUACAAUCUAUACUUCGUCAACGAGGAUCAUCAGGAUCCGGUACAGGCGGCCAAGGCAGUUCCUCAGGCGGUGGAAGUACUGGAAUAGACAUUCCGUCAUGGCUCAGCGGAAUUUUUCCGGGUCUAGGAAGUAAUGAAGCGGGAGAAAGUGGCAGUGGAGGUGGUACGAGCGAUGGUGGAAGCGGUGGAAGCAGUGAAAGCGGGGGUGUAGGUGGUGGAAGCGGUGGUUCAAGCGUCAGUGAAAGCGGUGAAAGUGGCGGAAGCGGCAUUGGAAGCGGUGGAAGUAGUGGUACAAGUGCUGAAAGUGGUGGAAGCAGUGAAAGCGGUGCUGUAAACGGUAGAAGCGGUGCAAGUGGUGAUGAAAGCGGAAGCGGAGAGAGCGGUAGUGAAAGCGGUGGAACAAGCGGAAGUAGUGGUGGAAGCAGUGGAAAUGGAGAAAGCGGCAGUGAGAGCGUUGGAAGCAGCGGAAGCAGUGGAAAUGGAGAAAGCGGCAGUGAGAGCGUUGGAAGCAGCGGAAGCAGUGCAAGCGGUGCUGGCAGCGGUGGAACUGGAGAAAGCGGUAGUGAGAGCGGUGGUUACUUCGGUGGAAGCAGUCAAGGUGGUGGCGCAGGUGGUAGCGCCGGUGGAAGCGGGAUUAUGCCUUUUAUUGGUGGGAGCUGGGGUGCAGGAAUGAGCGGAAGCGGAAGUUCGUCUGGUGGAGAAGGCGGACCCACUGGUACUGGAGAAGGGACCGGCACGGGUGGGCUCGGAAGUAUCCCAGGCACCGGAACAAGUGGUGGCGGCGGCGGCGUCCGUAGAUAG